ACGAGGAGACAUGAGGGGCACGAGGAUGGUUCUGACGCUGAUAAUAUGUAUCAUAAUAUGUGUGGCGGGACUGACAAACUCACAGGAACACCUGACACAUGACACUACACUGGUGGAGUUCAACUCGGCCAACUUGUCGCAGGUAGAGAGGAUGACACCCGGUGUCAAGAACCAGCUGGUGUCACUUGCUGAGAAUAAGUGUCAUGAGCAGCCUCCAGCAUCGACAAGCAAACAUGCAGCUUCACAACAUUCAUGUACAUCACCCGCGAGCACUGACCUCGUGCACAAGCGGCCGUCAGCCAAGUUAGAGAGCGACACAUCUCCCGUAACUCUCAGAGACAAGAUUAAAAACAUCAACAAGGUUUUAUUCGAUCGUUAUGAGAAGGAAGAGACGUCAGCUGACAUGUUAGAUGCAGCAUCACUGAGCAGGAUGCUGGUGGCUGUAGUUGAGGAGGAGAUGGAGGAGUGUAAUGUGGUGGUGGCUUAUGAUGCUGCCUACAGUCAUCCAGCUGUACUGCACCGCCUGCUGCUGCUGCCUAAUGCACGACAGGUGGUGAAGGUGAACAAGACACAGGACCUGCUGGAGAUAGUGUGGGUGUCGUCAGGGUGUAGCGGCUACGUCUUCCUCCUGCAGCAGCUCGACCCGCUCCUCACCUUCGUCAACACUCACCCCAACUCCUGGGACUACCACGGCAGGUACCUGUUUGUGGUGCCCUCCAAGGACGACCUGGAGUUUCUGGCGUUAUCUGAGAAAGGCAAGAAGACUGAGCACAUCGUUGGAGCAACAGAGUCUGGUGCCGAGGGAGAGUGGGGGGUGUACAUGAACCAGCUGUACUGGAGUCAAGGAGUAAAGCGCGUCACCACCUGGCGGGGACACAGGUUCAGCUCCCAGGUGGAUCUCUUCCCUGAUAAAUUACGGGAUCUACAGGGAGCCGUGCUCAAGGCUGUAGCAUUUGAGUGGAAGCCAAGUGUGUUCUACCAGCGGGCGAAGAACGGCACUGUGCUCCUCCGCUACGGUAUAGACAUCGGUGUGGUGAAGACCUUGGCCCAGGUGCUUAACUUCACCAUUCAGUUUGUGGAACCUCCUGAAGGACAACACUGGGGCUAUGAAGUCAAUGGUAGCUGGACGGGGAUGGUGGGGAUGUUGUCGAAGAACGAGGUUGAUAUGGGAAUGGUAAACCUCUACGUGUCCAUCGUCCGCACCAGUAUCCUCGACUACAGUGCACCUUAUGACUCAGAGCUGAGCUGCUUCAUGGCGCGGACGGAACCGCCUCUCCCACGCUGGCAGGCCCUGGCUUACCCCUUCCAGGGCAUCACCUGGCUCGCUAUCUUAAUUGGUCUCAUCAUCUCCGGACCCGUCCUCUACCUCUUGGCGCGGGGCAGCGCCGUCUGCGGGGAGGAGAUGAAGAGCCUUCAGUCUCUUAGCUUCAGCUGUUACUACGCUCUGGGUCUUCACUGCUGUGAGGCUCAGGUCACGCUGCCACAGAUGAAGAGCACGAGGGUGUUCAUCAUCUUCCUGUGGCUCUACACCAUCACUAUCACUAUAGCUUACUCCACCAACCUCACCGCCUUCCUCAUGGUGAGCAAGUCUCCUGCCACCAUGGAGACCAUUAAGGAGCUUCACGCCUCCCGGAAGCAGGUGUCAGGCAUGGGCCAGUUCUACAAGGGUGCUCUUGCCUCUGCCAGUGAUCCCGACCUCCAGAGCUUGACGAAGGUGUAUCAGGGCCACAACAACGACGAGCACAUCUUCCCGGGCGUACUGGACGGGAAGGCUGUCUUCCUACAGAACCGAGCCUACAUCGAGUAUGUUGUUGCCACCAAGUUUUUCAGUCGUGGGCAGUCUAGGAUGAGGGUCAUGAAGGAAUGUUUCUCCCCGUACAACAUCGCCUUGGGUCUACAGCGUCACUCACCCAUCAAGAGGAAGUUUGAUCAAGUCAUCGGCUGGAUGCUCAACGCCGGACUCACCAGGCACUUCUUCCUCACUUCCCUCAGACUCUCAGUUCAGAUAUCGAUGCUGAAGAGGGAAGGUGAUGACGAGUCUGCGGUGGCGGAAGACACGGACGUGGUGGAACGGGAGGUGGGCAUUCCUCUCAGUCUAGAUCACCUGCAGGGCAUUUUCUUCGUAAUUGUCAUCGGUUGGGUGGCAUCUCUCCUUCUUUUCCUGCUGGAGAUCUCCCCAGAGAAACAGUAACUCUGAGACCCCCUUAAGAUUGCUACUAUGGAACGCCAACUCGCCUCUAUCCUCCUUUCAUGCUGGAGAUAUAUUGCAGAAUACUCGUAUACAGAUGUCAGGUUAUAUUAUAGUUUAUGACAUUGUUCUUUACGUCGCAAAUUUACGUUGACGCUUAAUGGUACUAUGAUACAAACAAAACAUGAGUUCUUGUAGAUACAUGCACUGGCACACAGGCAUAUAAAUAUUUGUACAUUUGAAGCACACGUAGAUACAAACACAAAUAGCGUACUUGUGCACAUACAUCCAUAACAAACACACACACACACACACACACACACACAUUAAACAGCAGUCAUACAAGCAAAUUCACAUACCACUAUUACCACCACUCUGCUACCACUACCACACUAUUGCUAUCACAACUCCAUACUACUACCACCAAUAUCACUAUACUAUCACCUAGGUAGCUAUCAAAGAGGGAGGUACUACGGCCUAGGAAGAUAUUAGAAGCAUAAUGUGUUGUCUGAUGGUAGACCCUGUUGCCAUAUGUGACCAAGUCCCAGGUUGCUGAUAUGACUUUCUGCCACAUUUACA